UAAAGAUUUUAUUUAUUUAUUUGAGAGAGAGAACACAUGAGAGGGGAUAGGGUCAGAGGACGAAGCAGACCCCCCGCCGAGCAGGGAGCCCGAUGCGGGACUCGAUCCCGGGACUCCAGGAUCAUGACCUGAGCCGAAGGCAGUCGCUUAACCAACUGAGCCACCCAGGCGCCCUUAUCUAUUAUUUCUUAAAUGGAUCAUACCUUGGUGUGGUAUCUUAAAAAAUCCUUACCAUACCCAGGUUCAUCUAGAUACUUGUUUAUGUUAUCUUCUAAGAGUUGUAUAGUUUUGAAUUUUACAUUGAGGUUUAUGAUACCUUUUGAAUUAAUUUUCUUGAAGAGUAUAAAAUCUGUAUCUAAAAAAAUAAAUAAAAUCUGUAUCUAGAGUUAUUUUUUGGCCCAUGGGUGUUCAGUUGCCUUUGGGUGUCCAGCACCAUUUGUUGAAAAGCCUUUUCUUCCUCCAUUGUAUUGCCUUUGCCCUUUGGUCAAAGAUCAGUUGAAUCUAUGAGUCUAUUUUUUGUCUCUAUAUUCUGUUCCAUUGAUAUGUUUAUUCUUUUGCCAAUACUGUACUCUCUUGAUUACAGUAGCUUUAUAUAAGUCUGAAGUCAGAUAUUGUCAGUCCUUUUACUUUGGUCUUCUCCGUCAGUAUUGUGUUGGCUAUUCUUUUUUUUUUUUAAAGAUUUUAUUUAUUUAUUUGAGAGAGAGAGGAUGAGAGAGAACACAUGAGAGGGGAUAGGGUCAGAGGGCAAAGCAGACUCCCUGCCGAGCAGGGAGCCCAAUGCGGGACUCGAUCCAGGGACUCCAGGAUCAUGACCUGAGCCAAAGGCAGUCGCUUAACCAACUGAGCCACCCAGGCGCCCUGUGUUGGCUAUUCUUGGUCUUUUGCUUCUCCAUAUAAACUCUAGAAUCAGUUUCUCAAUUUUCACAAAAACUUACUGGGAUUUUGAUUGGAAUAGUUCUCAGUCAACAGAUCAAGUUGGGAAGAACUGACAACUAGCCAUGAACAUAGAAAUCUCUCCAUUUUCAGUUCAUUGAUUUUCUUCAUCAGAAUUCUCUAGUUUUCCUCAUAUAGAUCUUUUACAUAUUUGUUAGAUUCUAUUUCAUUUUGGGGCUGCUAAUGUAAAUGAUAUAUUGUAUUUUUUUAUCAAAUUCCACUUGUUUGUUGUUGGUAUAUAGGAAGUGAUUAGCUUUUGUAUCUUAACCUUAUAUCCUGCAAACUUACUAUAAACUUAGUUUCAGGAGUAUAUUUGUCAAUUCUUUUGGGUUUUCUAAUAGAUACUAGUGUCUGGUGGAUAAUCCUGUCAUCUGUAAACAAAUAUCAUUUUCUUUCUUCCAAAUCUAUAUAUACCUUCAUUUCCUUUUUUUUUUUUAAGGUUUAUUUAUUCAUUGGCACGCAUAUGCAAGUGGGGGGAGGGGAAGAGGAUGAGGAUCUCAAGCAGACUCUGCACCAAGCAUGGAGCCGAAAACGGGGCUCAAUCUCAAGACCCUGAGAUAAUGACCUAAGCCAAAAUCAAGAGUUGGACUCAAUCGACUGAGCCACCCAUGUGGCCCUCAUCAUAUUGCGUUAGCUGGGAUAUUUAAAUAGAAUGUUGAAAAGCAGUGGAGGGAGAGGAUAGUCUUGUCUUGGUCCUGAUUUUAGUGGAAAAGCUUCUAUUUUCUCAUUCUUUUUUUAUAUAACAUUUUAAUUUAAAUUCAAUUAAUUAACAAUGUAUUAUUUGUUUCAGGGUUACAGGUCUGUGAUUCAUCAGUCUUACAUAAUACUCAGUGCUCAUUACAACACAUACCCUCCCUGAUGUCCAUCACCCAGUUACCCCAUCCCACCAUCCCUGCCCCUCCAGCAACCCUCAGUUUGUUUCCUAUGAUUAAGAGUCUCUUAUGGUUUGUCUCCCUCCCCUGGUUUCAUCUUGUUUUAUUUUCCCCCUCUUCCCCUAUGAUCCUCUGCCUUGUUUCUUAAAUUCCACAUAUCAGUGAGAUCAUAUGAUAAUUGUCUUUCUCUGAUUGACUUUUUUCACUUAGCAUAAUACCCUCUAGUUCAUCCAUGUCAUUGCAAAUGGCAAGAUUUCAUUUUUUGAUGGCUGCGUAAUAUUCCAUUGUGUGUGUGUGUGUGUGUACACACACACAUAUAUACCACAUCUUAGCAUUUAUCUGUUGAUGGACAUCUGGGCUCUUUCCAUAGUUUGGCUAUUGUGGACAUUGCUGCUAUAAACAUUGGGGUGCAGGUGCCCCUUUGGAUCACUACAUUUGUAUCUUUGGGGUAAAUACCUAGUAGUGCAAUUGCUGGGUUGUAGGGUAGUUCUGUUUUCAACUUUUUUUUUUUUUUUUAGAUUUUUAUUUAUUUAUUCAUGAGAGACAGAGACAGAGAGAGAGAAGCAGGCUCCCAAGGAGCAGGGAGCCUGAUGCGGGACUCGAUCCCAGGACCCUGGGAUCAUGACCUGAGCCGAAGGCAGACGCUUAACCAUCUGAGCCACCCAGGCGCCCCUAUUUUCAACUUUUUGAGGAACCUCCAUACUGUUUUCCAGAGUGGCUGCACCAGCUUGCAUUCUCACCAACAGCAUAGGAGGGUUCCCCUUUCUCUGAAUCCUCACCAACAUCUGUCAUUUCCUGACUUGUUAAUUUUAGCCAUUCUGACUGGUGUGAGUUGGUAUCUCAUUGAGGUUUUGCUUUGUAUUUCCCUGAUGCCGAGUGACGUUGAGCACUUUUUCAUGUGUCUGUUGGCUAUUUGGAUGUCUUCUUUGCAGAAAUGUCUGUUCAUGUCUUCUGUCCAUUUCUUGAUUGGAUUAUUUGUUCUUUGGGUGUUGAGUUUGAUAAGGUCUUUAUAGAUUUUGGAUACUAGCCCUUUAUUUGGUAUGUCAUUUGCAAAUAUCUCCUCCCAUUCUGUUGCUUGUAUUUUGGUUUUGUCUGUUUCCUUUGCUGUGCAAAAGCCUUUUAUUUUGAUGAAGUCCCAGUAGUUUAUUCUUGCCUUUGUUUCCCUUGCUUUUGGAGACGUGUCUAGCAAGAAGUUGCUGUGGCUGAGGUUGUAGAGGUUGCUGCCUGUGUUCUUAAAGAUUUUGAUGGAUUCCUGUCACACAUUGGGGUCUUUCAUCCAUUUCGAGUCUAUUUUUGUGUAUGGUGUAAGGAAAUGGUCCAGUUUCAUUCUUCUGUUAUGGCUGUCCACUUUUCCCAACACCAUUUGUUGAAGAGACUGUCUUUUUUCCAUUGGAUAUUCUUUCCUGCUUUGUCGAAGAUUAGUUGACUGUAGAGUUGAGGGUCCAUCUCUGGGUUCUCUAUUCUGUUCCAUUGAUCUAUGUGUCUGUUUUUGUGCCAGUACCAUACCAUCUUGAUGAUGACAGCUUUGUAAUAGAGCUUGAAGUCCGGAAUUGUGAUGCCACCAGUUUUGGGUUUUCUUUUUCAACAUUCCUCUGGCUAUUAGGGGUCUUUUCUGGUUCCAUAUAAAUUUAAGGAUUAUUUGUUCAGUUCUGUGAAAAAAGUUUGAUGGUAUUUUGAUAGGGAUUCCAUUGAAUGUGUAGGUUGCUCUAGGUAGCAUAGACAUUUUCACAAUAUUUGUUCUUCCAAUCCAUGAGUAUGGAACAUUUUUCCAUUUCUUUCUGUCUUCCUCAAUUUCUUUCAUGAGUAUUCUAUAGUUUUCUGAGUACAGAUCCUUUGCCUCUUUGGUUAGGUUUAUUCCUAGGUAUCUUAUGGUUUUGGGUGCAAUUAUAAAUGGGAUCAACUCUGUAAUUUCUCUUUCUUCUGUCUUGUUGUUGGUGUAUAGGAAUGCCACUGAUUUCUGUGCAUUGAUUUUAUAUCCUGCCACUUUACUGAAUUCCUGUAUGAGUUCUAGCAAUUUUGAGGUGGAGUCUUUUGGGCUUUCCACAUAGAGUAUCAUGUCAUCUGCAAAGAGUAAGAGUUAGACUUCUUUCCUGAUUCGGAUGCCUUUUAUUUCUUUUUGUUGUUUUAUUGCUGAGGCUAGGACUCCUAGUACUAUGUUGAACAACAGUGGUGAUAGUGGACAUCUCUGCUGUGUUCCUGAUCUUAGGGGAAAAGCUCUCAGUUUCUCCCCAUUGAGAAUUAUAUUCGCUGUGGGUUUUCAUAGAUGGCUUUUAUGAUUUUGAGGUAUGUACCCUCUAUCCCUACACUCUGAAGAGUUUUAACCAAGAAAGGAUGCUGUACUUUCAAAUGCUUUUUCUGCAUCUAUUGAGAGGAUCAUAUGGUUCUUGUCCUUUCUUUUAUUUAUGUAGUGUAUCACAUUGAUUUGUGGAUAUUGAACCAACCUUGCAGCCCAGGCAUAAAUCCCACUUGGUCGUGGUGAAUAAUCCUUUUAAUGUACUGUUAGAUCCUAUUGGCUAGUAUUUUGUUGAGAACUUUUUCAUCCAUGUUCAUCAGGGAUAUUGGUCUGUAAUUCUCCUUUUUGAUGGGGUCUUUGUCUGGUUUGGGGAUCAAGACAAUGCUGGCCUCAUAAAGUUUGGAAGUUUUCCUUCCAUUUUGAUUUUUUGAAACAGCUUCAGAAGAAUAGGUAUUAAUUCUUUAAGUGUUUGGUAGAAUUCCUCUGGGAAGCCAUCGGGCCCUUGGCCUCUUGUUUUUGGGAGAUUUUUUAUUACUGCUUCAAUUUUCUUGCUGGUUAUGGGUCUGUUCAGGUUUUCUAUUUCUUCCUGGUUCAGUUUGGUAGUUUAGGAAUGCAUCCAUUUCUUCCAGAUUGUCUAAUUUGUUGAUCUAUAGUUGCUCAUAAUAUGUUCUUAUAAUUGUUCGUAUUUCUUUGGUGUUGCUUGUGAUCUCUCCUCUUUCAUUCAUGGUUUUAUUUAUUUGGGUCCUUUCUCUUUUCUUUUUGAUAAGUCUGGCCAGGCGUUUAUCAAUUUUAUUAAUCUUUUCAAAGAACCAGCUCCUAGUUUCAUUGAUCUGUUCUACUGUUCUUUUGAUUUCUAUUUCAUUGAUUUCUGCUCUUAUCUUUAUCAUUUCUCAUUUCCUGCUGGGUUUAGGUUUUAUUUGCUUUUCUUUCUCCAGCUCCUUAAGGCAUAGGGUUAGGUUGUGUGAGAUCUUUCUUGUUUCUUGAGAAAGGCUUGUAGUGCUAUAUACUUCCUUCUUAGGACUGCCUUUGCUGCAUCCCAAAAAUUUUGAACAGUUGUGUUUUCAUUUUCAUUUGUUUUCAUGAAUUUUUAAAAAUUCUUCUUUAAUUUCCUGGUUGACUCAUACAUUCUUUAGUAGGAUGCUCUUUAGCCUCCAUGUAUUUGAGUUCUUUCCAACUUUCCUCUUGUGAUUGAGUUCCAGUUUCAAAGCAUCGUGGUCUGAAAAUAUGCAGGGAAUGAUCCCAAUCUUUUGGUAUCAGUUGAGACCUGAUUUGUGAUCCAGGAUGUGAUCUAUUCUGGAGAAUGUUCCAUGGGCACUAGAGAAGAAUGUGUAUUCUGUUGAUUUGGGAUGGAAUGUUCUGAAUAUAUCUAUGAAGACCACCUCCAAUGUGUAAUUCAAAGCCCUUAUUCCUUGUUGAUCUGCUCAGAUGAUCUGUCCAUUUCAGUGAGGGGGUGUUAAAGUCCCCUACUGUUAUUGUAUUAUUAUUGAUGUGUUUCUUUGAUUUUGUUAUUAAUUGGCUUAUAUAAUUGGCUGCUCCCAUGUUAGGGGCAUAAAUAUUUACAGUUGUUAGAUCUUCUUGUUGGCUAGACCCUUAAAUUAUGAUAUAGUGUCCUUCCUCAUCUCUUAUUACAGUCUUUGGCUUAAAAUCCAAUUUGUCAUAUAUAAGGAUUGCCACCCCAGCUUUCUUUUGAUGUCCAUUAGCAUGAUAAAUGGUUUUCCACCCCCUCUUUGUUGAUGUUCUUUACCAAGUUGAGAAAGUUACCCUCUGUCCCUAGAUUAUUGAGAGUUUUUGUUAUAAAUGGGUGGUGGAUUUUAUGAAGUGCUUUUUCUCAUGUGAUUUUUUUCUUUUUUAGCCUAUAGAUAUGAUGGAUUAUAUUAAUUGAUUUUUGCAUUUUGAACCAGGCUCACAUAUCAGAUAAAUUCUACUUGGUCGUGGGAUAUAAUUCUUUUUUUUUUUUUUUUACAUUGUUUGAAUUGAUAUACUAAUAUUUUGUUGAGGAUUUUUGCAUCUUUGUUCAUGAGAAAUCUCGCUCCAGUUUUCUUGCAAGUCUUUGGUUUUGCUAUUAGAGUAAUGGCUGGCCUCAUAGAAUGAGUUUGGAUAUAUUCCCUUAGCUUCUAUCUUCUGGAAGAGAUUGUAGAGAAUUGGUAUAAUUUCUUUUUUUUUUUUAAUUUUUUUUUUAGAGAUUUUAUUUAUUUAUUUGCCAGAGAGAGACGCAGUGAGAGAGGGAACACAAGCAAGGGUGGGGGGUGGGAGAGGGAGAAGCAGGCUUCCCGCGGAGCAGGGAGCUGGAUGUGGGACUCGAUCCCAGGACCCUGGGACCAUGACCUGAGCCAAAGGCAGUUGCUUAACAACUGAGCCACCCAGGCGCCCAAGAAUUGGUAUAAUUUCUUAAAUGUUUGGUAGAAUUCAUCAGUGAACUCAUUUGGGCCUGGUGAUUUCUGUUUUAGAAGAUUAUUAGUUAUUGAUUCAGUUUCUUUGGUUGAUACAGGCCUGUUCCAAUUGUAUAUUUCUUCUUGUGUAAGUUUUGGCUUGUGUCCUUCAAGAAAUUGGUCCAUUUCAUCUAGGUUAUCAAAUAUGUAGGCAUAGAGUUAUUUUUAAUAUUACUUCAUGUUUUUAAUGUGUAUUGGAUCUGUAGUGAUGCCUCUUUCAUUUCUGAUGUUAAUAAUUUUUGUCUUUUCUCUUUUUUUCUUAGUUAGCCUGAAUUAGGUUUAUCAAUUUUAUUGAUCUUUUCAAAGAAUCAACUUUUGGUUUUAUUAAUUUUCUCUAUUAUUUUCCUGCUUUCUGUUUCACUGAUUUCUCUAAUUUUUACUUUUUUUCUUCUGCUUUCUUCGGAUUUAACUUGUCCUUCUUUUUCUAUUUUCCUAAGGCUUAGAAAGACUGAUUUUGGAUCUUUCUUCUUUUCAGUGCCAUAAAUUUCACUCUAGACUCUGCUUUUGUGGCAUCCCAUUGAUUUUAUUUUUUUUAAAGAUUUUUAAAAAUGUAUUUAUUUGACAGACCAAGAGGGAACACAAGCAGGGGGAGUAGGAGAGGGAGAAGGAGGCUUCCUGCAGAGCAGGGAGCCCAAUGUGAGACUCAAUCCCAGGACCCUGGGAUCACCACCCCAGGUGAAGGCAGAUGCUUAAUGACUGAGCCACCCAGGCGCCCCUCCCACUGAUUUUUAAUAUGUUGUAUUUUCAAUUUCAUUUCAUUCAAAAUAUUUUAAAAUUUCUGUUGAGAUUACUUUUUGGUCCCAUGUGUUGUUUAGAAGUAUGUUGUUUAAUCUCCAAGUAUUUUGAGAUUUUUCAUCUAUCUUCAUUUUGUUGAUUUCUAGAUUAAUUCCACUGUGGUCUGAGAGAAGAUAUUGUAUGAUUUUUUUUUUUAAGUUUAAGGUUUUUUUAAGUUUAAGAUGUGUGUUAUGGCCCAGAAUGUGGUCUGUCUUGGUAAUGUUCUAUGUGAGCUUGAGAGGAAUGUGUAUUUUGCUAUUGUUAGAUGAAAUUAGUCAUAAAUGUCAAUUGUACCCAAUUGAUUCAUGGUGCUUUCGACUGUGUCCUUACUGAUGUUCUUCCUGCUGGUUCUGUCCAUUUCUUUUUUUUUUUUUUUUUUAAGAUUUUAUUUAUUUGCGAGAGAGAGAAUGAGAGACAGAGAGCAUGAGAGGGAGGAGGGUCAGAGGGAGAAGCAGACUCCCCGCCGAGCAGGGAGCCCGAUGCGGGACUCGAUCCCGGGACUCCAGGAUCAUGACCUGAGCUGAAGGCAGUCGCUUAACCAACUGAGCCACCCAGGCGCCCAGGUUCUGUCCAUUUCUGAUAGAGGGUUGUUGAAAUCUCCAGCUGUAAUAGUGGAUUAAUAUAUUUCUCCUUGCAGUUCUGUCAGUUUUUGCCUCAUGUAUUUUGAUCAUUUGUUUUUGGUGAAUACACAUUAAGAAUUGUCCUCUUGGACUCAAAUAAAUAAAAUCAGAAAUGAAGGAGAAGAAACAACAAUACCACAAAAAUACAAAAGAUUAUGAGAAUGUUAUAAAAAAUUAUAUGUCAAUAAGUUGGACAAACUAGAGGAAUUAUAUAAAUUCCUAGAAACAUAUAGCCUUCCAAAACUGAAUCAGAAAGAAAUAGAAAAGUUGUGCAGACUGAUGAUUAGUUCUAAUGAAAUUGAUUCAGUAAUCAAAAAAAAAUCCCAACAAACAAAAGUCCAGGACCAGAUGGCUUCAUGGGUGAAUUCUACCGAACAUUUAAAGAGUUAAUACCUGUUCUUCUCAAACUAUUCCAACAAGAAGAGGAAGGAAACCUUCCAGAUUCAUUCUAUGAGGCCAGCAUUAUCCUGAUAUCAAAACCAGAUAAAGACACUACAAAUAAUGAAAACUACCAGCCAUUUUCUCUGAUGAACAUAGAUGCAGAAAUCCUCAACAAAAUGUUAGCAAACCAAAUCCAACAAUACAUUUAAAAAAAUCACCAGGAUCAAGUGGGAUUUAUUCUGGGGAUGCAAGGAUGGUUCAAUAUUUGCAAGUCAAUCAGUGUGAUACAUCGGAUUAAGAAGAGAAAGGCUAAAAACCAUACGAUCAUCUCAGUAGAUGUAGAAAAAGCAUUUGACAAACUAUCCAUUCGUGAUAAAAAAAAUUCUCAACAAAGUAGGUUUAGAGGAAACAUCAACAUACUUAAGGCCAUAUAUGAAAAACCCACAGCUAACAUCAUACACAAUGGUGAAAAACUGAGAGCUUUUCCUCUAUGAUCAGGAACAAUAAAAGGGUGUCCACUCUCACCACUUUUAUUCAACAAGGUACUGGAAGUCCUAGCCACAGCAAUCAGAAAAAAAGAAAUAAAAGGCAUCCAAACUGGUAAAGAGGAAGUAAAACUGUCACUAUUUGCAGAUGACAUGAUACUAUAUACAGAAAACCCUAAAGACUCCACCAGAAAACUACUAGAACUGACAAAUGAAUUCAGUAAAGUCUUAGGAUACAAAAUUAAUAUACAGAAAUCUGUUGUAUUUCUUUACACUAAUAAUGAAGUAGUAGGAAGAGAAAUUAUGAAAACAAUCCCAUUUACAAUUGCACCAAAAAUAAUAAAAUGCCUAGGAAUAAAUUUAACCAAGGAGGUGAAAGACCUGUACUCUGAAAACUAUAAAACAUUGUUGAAAGAAAUUGAAGAUGGCACAAGCAAAUGUAUCCAUGCUCAUGGAUUGGAAGAACCAAUAUUGUUAAAAUAUCCAUAGUACUCAAAGCAAUCUACAGAUUUAGUGCAAUCCCUAUCAAAAUACCAAUAUUUCUUUAUAGAACUAGAAUAAAUAAUCCUAAGAUUUGUGUGGAACCACAGAAGGCCCCCAAAUAGUCAAAGCAAAUAGCCAGAUCUUGAAAAAGAAGAACAAAGCUGAAGGUGUUAUAAUCCCAGAUUUCAAAAUAUACUACAAAGAUGUAGUAAUCAAAAGUGUAGCCCUGGCACAAAAAUAGACACACAGAUCAAAGGAACAGAAUAGAAGCCCAGACAUAAACCCACACUUAUAUGGGCAAUUAAUCUAUGACAAAAAAGGCAAGAAUAUACAAUGGGAAAAAGACAAUCUCUUCAACAAAUGGUGCUGUGAAAACUGAACAGCUCCAUGCAAAAGAAUAAAACUGGACCACCUCUUAUACCAAACACAAAAGUAAAUUCAAAAUGGAUUAGAGACCUAAAUGUGAGACCUGAAACCAUAAAACUCCCAAAAGAUAAUAUAGGCAGUAAUGUCCUUAACAUCAGCCAUGGAAACAUUUUUCUAGAUCUUUCUCCUCAAGCAUGGGAAACAAAAACAGAAUUAGACUAUUGGGACUAUAGUAAAAUAAAAAGCUUUUCUACAGUGGGGAAACCAUCAACAAAACAAAAAGACAACCUACUGAAUGGGAAAAGAUAUUUGCAAAUGAUAUAUUUGAUGAGGGAUUAAUAUCCAAAAUAAUGUGUACAACUCAACAUUGAAAAAACAAUCCUAUUUUAAAAUGGGCAGAUGACCUGAAUAGAUAUUUUUCCAAAGAAGACCUAUAGAUGGCCAACAGACACAUGAGAAAAGAUGCUCAAUAUCACUCAUCAUCAGGGAAAUGCAAAUCAAAACCACAAUGAGAUAUCACUUUACAACUGUCAGAAUGGCUAAAUUCAAAGAGACAAGAAAUAACAAGUGUUGGCAAGGAUGUGGAGAAAAAGGAACCCUCAUGCACUGUUCAUGGGAAUGCAAACUGGUGCAGCCACUCUGGAAAACUACAGAGGUUCCUCAAAAAAUUAAAAAUAGAAUUACCAUAUGAUACAUUUACUCUACUAACUGGGUGUUUACCCAAAGAAAAUGGAAACACUAAUUUGAAAAGCACCACUAUGUUUAUUGCAGCAUUAUUUUCUAACUAAGAUAUGGAAGCAACUCAAGUAUACAUAUAGAUGAAAGGAUAAAGAAGAUGUGGUACAUAUAUACAAUGGGCUGUUACUCAGCCAUAGAAAAGCAUGAGAUCUUGCCAUUUGCAGCAACAUAGAUGGACCUAUAGGAUAUAAUGCUGAGUGAAAUAAAUCAGAGAAAGACAAAUACAAUAUGAUUUCACUAAUGUAGAAUUUAAGACACAAAACAAAUGAAGAACAACAACAACAAAAAGACCACUCUUAAAUACAGAGAAUAACUGGUGGCUGCCAGAGGGGAGGUGGAUGGGGGAAAGGGGGGUAAAAUAGUGAAAAAGAUUAAGAGUAGAUUUACCUUGGUGAGUGCUGAGCAAUGUAUAGAAUUGUUGAAUCAGUAUAUUGUACACCUGAAACUAAUAUAACCCUGUAUGUUAAUUAUACUUGAAUUUUUAAAAAAUUGUCCCCUUGGAGUAUUGACCCCUUUAUCACUAUGUAAUGCUUUCCUUAUCCCUAAUAACUUUCCUUGCUCUGAAGUCUGCUUUCUGAAAUUGAUAUAGCUAUUCUUACUUUUUGGGGGGAUUAGUAUUAGCAUGAUAUAUCUUUUGCCAUUCAGUUACUUUUAAUCUGUAUGUGUCUUUAUAUUUAAAGUGGUUUUUUUGUAGACAACAUAUUGUUGGGUCUUGUUUUUUGUUUCACUCUGACAAUUUCUCUUUUACUUGAUGUAUUAGACCAUUAUUAACAUUUAAAGUGUUUAUUAAUAUAGUUGGAUUAACUAUAUUAACUAUAUAACCAUAUUUGUUUUCUAUUCCUAGUUUUGUCUUCUUCCCUUUUUCUGCUUUUUGUGGUUUUAACUGAGAAUUUUAUUUUUUAAUAUUCUUUUAAGAUUUAUUUAUUUAUCUUAGAGAGAGCACAUGUGCAGAGGGAGUGUGAGAGAGAUAAUCCUCAAGCAGACUCCCUGCUGCCUGGAUGGGAGACCAGUCCCAGGACCCUGAGAUCCUGACCUGAACCUAAACCAAGAGUCAGAUGCCCAACUGACUGAGCCACCCAGGCACCCCUUUAACUGAGAAUUUUAUAUGAUUCAUUUUCUCUCCCUUCUUGGAAGUAUAUCAGUUGUACUUUUUUUAAGUGGGUGCCUUAGGGUUUUUGAUAUAUAUUUAAAAUGAAUCCAUAUUCAUUUUCAAAGAAUACUAUACCACUUCCCAGGUAGUAUUAGUACCAUAUAGUAACAAAAUAAUCCUACUUCCUCUGUCUUGUUCUUUGUAUCAUUUGUAACAUUGUUGUCAUUCAUACCAUAUAUAGGUGAGUGAUCCAAGGGCAAUGAAUGUAUUUAUAUAUACACACUCAUAUAUACGUACUUGCAUUGAUAAUCUAAUACAGUCUUGCUAUUAUUAUUGAACAAAUGGUUAUCUGUUAGAUCAGCUGAAAAAAGGAAAAAUAAAAGCUUUUGUUUAACCUUCCCUUAUUCCUUCUCUGGUAUUCUUCUUUAUGUAGUUCUAUGUUUCUGACUCAUUAACAUUUUCCUUCUCUAUGAAAAACUUCUUUUAACAUUUCUUGUAAAGCAAGUCUAUUGGUAACAAAUUUCUUCCAUUUUUUUAUCCUUCACUUUUGAGGGAUAAUUUCACAAGACAGAAUUUUAGGUUAGUGGUCUUUCCUCAACACUUUAAAUAUUUCAUCCCUCUCUCUUCUUGCUUGCAUGAUUUCUGAGAAGUGGAUGUAAUUCUUAUAUUUGCUCCUAUAUAGGUAAGGUGGGGGGGUUCCCUCCCCUCUGUCUUCUUUCAAGAUAUUUUCUUUAACUUUGAUUUUCUGCAGUUUGAAUGUGAUAUGCCUAGGUGUAGUUUUGGCAUUUAUCCUGUUUGGUGUUCUCUGAUCUUUCUAAAUCUGUGGUUUGGUGUCUGGCACUAAUUUGGAGAAAUUCUGUCAUUAUUGUUUCAAAUAUUUCUUUUCUUUCUUCUCCUUGCUGCUUUUUUCCCAGUAUGCCCAUGUUAUAACCUUUGUACUUGUUUCACAAUUCCUGUAUAUUCUGUAUGUCCCCCUUCCCCAUCUUUUUUCCCCCUUUUGUUUUUGAGUUUUGGAAGUUCCUACUGACAUAUUCUCAAGCUCAAAGAGUCCUUCAAUAGCUUUGUCCAGUCUACUAAUGAGCCCAUCAGAGGAAUUCUUCAUUUGAUUGCUCACAUUUUUUUCUUUGUUAGAAUUUUCAUUAUUCUCCUUACAGUACCUGUCUGCUAUUGCAUGUUGUCUACUUUUUCUAUUAGAGUCCUUAGCAUGUUUAUAUAUUUUUAAACAUUUCCAAUCUGAUCAUUCCAAUAUCCCUGUUAUAUCUGAGUCUGCUUCGGAUGCCGGCUUGGUCUCAAACUGUGCUUUUGUCUCUCAGUAUGGCUUAUAACUUUCUUUUUUUGAAAGCCAAACAUGAUGUACUGGACAAAAGGGAUUCCAGUACAUAGACUUGUAGUGAUAUGGUGAUAAAUUGUGUGGAAAAGAAAAGCAGUCUAUAGUCCUGUGAUUAGGUCUCAGUUUUUAACAAGCCCGUGUCUCAGCUGUGAACUACACAAGUGCUUCUCAGUCUCCCCUGCUGCCUUAAAUGGGACAGGAUGGCUAGAGGGGACUGGAAUUGGGUAUUUCCUUCCACCAUGUGGAAGGCUAGUGGGUGUUAGAGUUGUGUUAACCCCCAGGUUAGUUAAAGUCUGAUAAGAACCCCAAUAGUUUAGGCUCUGGAGGUUUCUUUUGAGGGUAGGCCCUAUUAAGAAGUACAGAAUGCUCUCAUAUUUCAAAAUGGUUACUCUUUCCCUCCCACUGCUGAAAGCACAGGAGACUUUUCCAUGCUAUUCACCGUGAGAACCUGGCAGAGCUCCUGGAGGUAACACUUACAAAAGUGUGGGGACUCUCCCCUUUGGAGUUUCUUGUUUUUUGGUUUUUUAAAGAUCUUAUUUAUUUGAGAGAGAGCAGACUCCCUGCUGAGUGGGAAGUCCCAUACAGGGCUCAAUCCCAGGACCAUGAGAUCAUGACCUGACCUGAAGUCACACAUUUAACUGACUGAGCCACUCAGGUGCCCAGUCCCCUUUGGGGUUUUUAAUUCUCAGACUUACCCACUCUGAGCCUCCAGCAAUUUGUCAAUUAUAGUUCAGGUUUUCCUACUCUGACACUGUAGAGUUACUGUAGAAGUUUCUGUUUGUGCAUUUCUUUUCCAGUAAGUUGUAAUUCUCUGGGUUUACCUGUCUUUCCAGUUUUAGAGACAGCAGUUUGCCCUGUGACCUUGCUUCCUUGAUGGACCUAGAAGAGCUGUUCACUUUUCAGUUUGUUCAGUUUUUUACUUGUUAGAACCAGACCAGAAACUGGAAGUCCUACCUCCAGUUUUUAUUUACUAGCAUCAUUAAUUCUCCAAUUUGGAAGAGAUUUGAGAUACCAUCUAGUGCAUUCCUACAGGGAAUUUUCAAGGACCACCUCCCAUUCCCAUCCCACCCCCACCCCCAAACACCACCUUCUUCUCCAUGGACAGAUGAGUGCCAGUGAUUGUCCUGAACACUUCCUAUAAGGAGAGUGUGUUAAAUUGCUCUGGUGGCUCAAAAACUCUUGUUACACCCUCUUUGGUCUUAGUUGUGUACUUGAAUGAUUGAAGGUAUAAGGAGAGAAGGAAGAGGGAGACAGCCUGUAGGUUCCCCCCGAAGGGCCAGAGGCCACCCCAGUCCUAUCCUGUAGUCUUCCAUAAGGUGGUGGGGGUGACCAGACUGCAUUGGAAAGUCAGAGGCCAGCAGUGCCUGUGGAUAUUGAGCUCAUAUUCCCAUGCUAGUGACACCAUGGGGUAAAGAAAGGUUGCUGGGGUGACUGAUCCUGGGAGGGCUUCCUCUAAGAAGAGAGCUGACUGUGGGCCUUGAAGCUUCAUGGGGACCUUUGACACACUGGUUAGGAUUGGGAGCGGGGUUACAAGGAGAAAUAAGUUAACCAGAAACUUGAGAUUCAAGGAAUGUAAAAGUGAAGCCAGGGGCAUCCAGCACCUCAAUACCAAGAUUUAGGAAUCAUAGUUCUUACUGUGGAAAGUCUUCGGUUAUGUCUCUUUCAUCUGUCAAGAGUCUCCUCAUCGACUCUCUAUUUUAGUAUCAUAUAUCAAGAAAUGGAAGAAUCCUUAGAGACCAUCUAGUUCAAACUUUCCCUUUACAUAGAUGGAGAAAUUGAGGCCCAGAGGGUUAGUAGGGUGUUAACAAAUAAGCAACAGGCCCAAAAUGGAGUCACAUGUGCUGAGCCCUACAUCAGCAAACGAAGGCAAUACAUAGUUGAAGUUUCAGCCUCUCCCAGGAGUGUGAGCCUUAACUUGUGAGGUAAUCUGCCUGGUAGACCCCCACCUUCUCCCAAAGGAAGGUGAUCUUGCCAGGAACAAUCCAGUCUUUGCUGGAAAUUUCCUUUUUCUUCCCCCUUCUGCCUAUAAAAGCUUACCAUUUUGUAGAGGUCCUUGGACCUCCUUUCUACAGGCGUAAUUUGCAGAUAUGCAGGUUUGAUUCCAGACCACUGCAAUAAAGUGAAUAUCACAAUAAAGCCAGUCAAAUGGAUUUGUUGGUUUCCUGGUGCAUAUAAAAGUUAUGAUUAUACUAUGUUGUAUUCUAUUAACUGUGCAAUAGGAUUAUGUCUUUUUUAAAAAGUACAAUAAAUAAAUAAAUAGUACAUAUAUAGCCUCAAUUUAAAAAUACAGACACAGAGACAUGAACAAAUGCUGUUGGGAAAAAUGGUGACAAUAGGCAUGCUUAUAUAUACUUAUAUACUUAUAUAAGUAUAAAUAUAAGUAAGUACAUAUAUAUGUUUUUGAAGUUUCCAGAACCUUGCCCAAAGCUGGCACACAGCAGGUGCCCACCAGAUACUAAAAAAAGGAAAAGAAAAAAAAAAGAGAAAGAAAAGACAAACUUGCCAAAUCUGGCGGAUAUCAAAGCUAUACUCUAAACCUGUUCAGAGCCUACAGAUGGGAUCCUGGGAAAAACUGGCAGAAGCUGCCUAAAAGUAAGAAUUCUUAGCAGUCAGCUCCCUCCUAUCUCUGGUAGAGAGACAAAAAUAAAAUUUCACAUUGUCCUUUUCUAGAUCAGGCCUUUGGUUUUUGAUCUUUGAGAGUGGUUCUAGAUCUUGUGAAGAUAAUGUCUUGUGUACCCUCUUUGUGUGUAUCUCUUGGGUCCCUGGGCUUGUUUAAUACUGCCAGCAAUAUUUACUGUUUAUCUCAGUUGAAACCUAACAAGAUAUUUGAAAUGAUUUAAUAAUUCUAUGAUUAGAAAUUCGGCCAAAUUGGAAGCUAAUAUUCAGGGCUUGAUAGGAUUUUUUAAAGCCUUCUCUCCUAAGCUAAAUGUACCCAGAGGGAAAUCAGAACAUUCCAACAUAGGUGUAUGGGUGUGUCAGUCUUUCCAUACAAUUCAGACAACAACCCAGUUAUUUGAGGAAUUAGAAGCAACUAUACUUAACCUACAAAUCUUUGCAAGACCAGAAGAGUAGCUCUAGAAACAAUUCAAGGUCCACUUGUCCUUUUUGACAAUUAACCUCACCUAUUCAUCUCCAAAGGCUUGUAGGUAUUGUAAAAUUCUGGCCUUCCAGAGCAAAAGUCCUUGGAGGAAUUUGCAUUCUUUAGCCAUCUUUGAGAUGUAAAGUUUCUACCUGUCUUCUCCAGGAACUCUUAUCUUGUUAUCUGGGUCAUCUUCUUGAAAUGCAAAUUUCAGGGAGGUAAUUCUUUUUUUUAAUUAACAUAUAAUGUAUUAUUUGUUUCAGGGGUACAGGUCUGUGAUUCAUCAGUCUUACACAAUUCACAGCACUCACCAUAGCACAUACCCUCCCCAGUGUCCAUCACCCAGCCACCCCAUUCCUCCCACCGCCCUCCAUCCAUUCAGCAACCCUCAGUUUGUUUCCUGAGAUUAAGGGUCUCUUAAGGUUUGUCUCCCUCUCUGGUUUUGUCUUGUUUCAUUUUUCCCUCCCUUCCCCUAUGAUCCUGUCUUGUUUCUCAAAUUCCUCAUAUCAGUGAGAUCAUAUGAUAAUUGUCUUUCUCUGAUUGAUAGGGAGGUAAUUCUUAACAGGAGAAAAAAACUUUAAAAGGGAAGAGGCUUUAAAAAUACAAACUGCUACAUAAGCUCCCUUGCCCAAUACAGUCCACAGCUUCCUUGAGAUCCCUUGUCAAGGACAAAGGCAAAUCUUAAGUGUCUUCACAAAUAUCAACAGAAAGAGCUUUGACAGUCUGAGCAGGUAAUUAUUCCAACUCUUCUUUAAAAGUGAGUGAGUUUUGCAUUAUUAUACCCAUCUCAUGGUUAAAAACAUUUUUUUAAGUUUUUAUUUUAAUUCCAGUUAACAUACAGUCAUGACUAAAUUUUUUUUAAUUUUUUAAAGAUUUUAUUUAUUUAUUCAUGAGAGACAGAGAGAGAGAGGCAGAGGGAGAAGCAGGCUCCCAAGGAGCAGGGAGCCUGAUGCGGGACUCGAUCCCAGGACCCUGAGACCAUGACUUGAGCCAAAGGCAGACGCUUAACCAUCUGAGCCACCCAGGCGCCCAUGACUAAAUUUUUUUAAUGAACAUUUUAAGGCCUCUGUUUGUGUCUGUGUAUAUGUAGAUGUGUGGUAUUUUCUACUUCUGGAUGUCAUUGCCACAAUUAAUUUGCAAAAAAGCUCUAUUUAAUCAGCUUGAAGAAAAUCAAGCAUUAAUAUGAAAUAAGGAUUUCUAAAACUCUUAGAAAUAUAAAAACUUAACCCAAAUAUUUUUCAAGUUCUGUGAUCUAGGAUUAAUCUUUAGUAAAUAAAAGCUAGUUUAAGGUUGUUGGUUUAAUUAAAACAGGCAUGUCUCAGGCGCCUGGGUGGCUCAGUGGGUCAAGCCAUCUGCCUUCACCUCAGGUCAUGAUCCCAGGGUUCUAGGAUGAGUCUCCCAUCAGGCUCAGCACAUUCCCUGCUCAGCGGGGAGCCUGCUUCUCCCUCUCCCUCUGCUGCUCCCCCUGCUUGUGUGCGCAGGUGUGCUCUCUCUCUCUGUGUCAAAUAAAUAAAUAAAAUCUUUAAAAUAAAUAAUAAUAAUAAUAGAAACAACUCUGUGGGGCAACCGGAUGGUGUGGAGUCUUGGGAGGCCGGCAGUGAGAGAACUCACCCAAGGCAGAACAAAGGAGAUAGAAGUUUAUUGAAUACACCACAGGGAAGCAGUGGGCAGGACAGCAAAAAAGAGGCUGACUGCCUGGGGGCAGUGCUGGGGGCUGUAGGUAAGGAGGAAGGUGAGGAGGUAUGGGAAGAUAUGGAAUUUUCCCCUUUUUUGGUACCUGUGUCCAAGUGUAAAUAGCCCAUUGGUAAACUAGGGCUAGUGGAUAUUUUGAGGUGAGUCGCCUAAUGGGCCUGUUUGCAUUCAGCUGGGGGGUUGGGGGUCGCUGUGGGCCCUUCUACCUGAUUCAGGUUUCCAGUGCUCAAGCCCACUGCCUAGGAGCAGCCUGUACGAUCUCUGCAAGUAGGAUGUAUGUUUUUGCUAAGAGAAAUUAUGAGGAAUGGAAAUUAAUUUUUGUCGAGGGAAAAGAAAAUAAUAUUCUUUAUACUUAAGCUUUUUUUUUUUCCUCCAGAAUGGGAAAGAGAAAAAACACAAGACAAAAUAUGAAAAGGAAAAAAAAAAACAGAGUAAAAAGGUGGUAGAAGGCUUGUGGAAAAGGAAUCUUGGAAAAUAAUUUCACGUGUGGUCAAACUGGCUAAGAUUGGAAUGGAUCUAAUUAAAUUGUUAAAAUGAAUUUUAACAUCAAAAGUAUACUGGUAUAAAAUUAGAAUUGGUUUCAUCUGUUUUAAGGACAAAGUUUUCUUAUACUCUCGGUCUGCUCUUUAAGAGAUUAUAAAAGUUUUUUUUAACCUUUUAAGUAAUCUUCCUAGAAAACAAAGAUUUUUGUCUUGUCAAUAUAAUUUCUUGUAUUUCAUAUCAGAUCUUUGAUUACUUAAGAAAAUUGAGUCUUCUCCAUUAAAAGAGCUAAGGGUUUUUGUUUGUUUUACAAUUAUUUAACUUUCUGUAUUUGCUGGUGAAGUUUCAAAUUAUCAUUAAGGUUAAAUAGAUAACCAAAUAUUCUUUCAUCCUGAACUAUGAUCCUAUUUGUUUGUAAAACCUUUUGAUAUUUUUGACAAACUUCACAAAAAUCAAAUGCUAAAUGAAGUCUUUUUUAACCUCAAGCUUACUGUGGGGUAUUUCAGAGGGUCCCUGGAACAUCUUAAAAGAUUUGUUCUUGGGGUCCCUGGCUGGCUCAGUUAGUGGAAUGUGUGGCUCUUGAUCUCAGGGUCAUGAGUUCAAGCCCCUCACUGGUGAGAAGAAAAGGAAGGAAGGAAGGAAGGGGGGGAGGGAGGAAGGAAGGAAAAGUUCUGUUCUCUCUACUUAUAAAAAGGGAAUUGUUAAACCAAUUAGGCUUAUUUGAUGUUAAAUUACAGGGGAAGCAUUGUCAAAUAAGAAGUGAUAUACUAAGCCCUUUUAAUGUUUUAUUUGUAUAGUUACCUAUAAGUGUUCCAGAAACUGUGAAAUUCCUGGAAAUCUGAUAUGUCCUGGUAUAAUGUUAUCAGUCAUAAUUUCAGUUACUAUCUUAAAAUGUUGUGUAAAGAAAUAACCAAAUUUCCUUGUUGAUCCAUUAUAAUGAGCUUUCAACCGAUCUUUAACUGUGGGCAUUGUAAGUCCUCAUCAUUUACAGACAGUUGUCGUUUCACUCAGAUGCUUUUGCCAAAGUGUUUCUGCAAAAGUGCUUCAUCUUAGGGCACCUGGGUGGCUCAGUUGGUCAAGCAUUGACUCUUGACUUUGGCUCAGGUCAUGAACUCAGGGUCACUGAGUGUGAGGCCUACUUAAGAUUCUCUUUCUCCCUCUGCCUCUCGCCCUCCCGCACCUCUCCUGUGCAGCACAUGCUCUCCCUCUCUCUUAAAAAAAAAAAAAAAAAGUGCUUUAUCUUCAAGGAGAUUCAGGGAAAGGACUUUGAAAAGUACAGGUUUCUGAUAACUUUAAGAUCAUAAAACAGAACUGGGUAAGGAUUUCCAGAACUAAUGGAAAAACUAGAUUCAAGCAAAACAGUACUAAUUACAUGGGUCUGAAUGAAUGUAGGAGGAUGAUUAUAAUUUUUUAUGACUUUUGUUUGAAACAUUGCUGGUUCCUUAAUUAAAUUUUGUUUUUCCAGAUUUAAGGAAACCUUUUCUCUUAAGCUAUCUAAGACUUACUUGGUAAAGAACAGCUUUGUAAACAAAGAUGAAACAUUUACUUUUUCUUCUUGAUCCUGAUCCCUCCAGAAUUCAGAGAUUUUUGAGUAUUCUUUACAUGGCAAUAUAAUUAUUUAUUUGCAUAAGUUCAAUAAGAAUCUGGUCUCCUUGUAACAGGACAUAAUUUGAAACAUUGGCUAUAUUACCAAUGUUAUAUUACCUAUAUUACUGGAAUGUCAUAUGUAUAGACUCGAUAGGACCAGACAGCUUUAAGGGAGUAAAGGUGACUUUAUGAGGCCAAUGAAGCCCCUUGGAAAAAUCAGCCUGAUACUCUGCUUACAGGGUUGCUGGCAGUCUUACCAGGUGAGUAAAGAAGGUUAUCUCCUGACAGCCCCAGGAAUCUCAAAAUAUUUUGGGGACCUUGAGAAAGGAGGAAUUCACCCAAACCAUAGGUAUUGCAGGUAAAAAUCUAAUGAUGAGCCCUUGGCUUGGCUUUCUGGCCUCAGAAGCUUUGAAGAGUUCACUAUGAGAUUCCUUAUGAAAAGUUGAAGCAAAGCAGUCUCUAAAAGGAGCUUAUAUGCUCAAUCGUUAUUCUUACUGCACUUAUAGGAAGAAUCAGGCUGAGUUUAAUGAAUAUUAAUUUUACUGUGAUUAUCUUUCAUAGAAAAAAAUGGAGGUAAUUGUAGAUAGAAAAGUUACAUAUGUACCAUAUAGAUGUUAGAUUCUAGCCCUGUUAAUUGUCUUUGAGGGAUUGUUAUACACCUGUGAACUAGACUAGAUUCUGAAUUCUAGUUUCCUCAAGUAUCUGGCUACAACUCUCCAAACUAACAUUUCCAAUUUUCUCCCACCCUUCUGAUUUGGAGUCACUUAGAACAAAGUCUGCCCUUGAACCUCCUUGGAAGGGACUAUACAAGUCCUCCUCACUACCCAGAUGGCAGCCAAACUUCAGGAACUUGGACCUUGGGUCCACAUCUCUCAAUUAAAAAGGGCUCCUUCAGAGUCCAGGAACUGGAAUGUCAGUCCAGCUGCAGUGCUCAAAAUCAAACUGAUGAGGAAGAGAAUGUAGACUGCUUCCACCCAAGACACUGGAUCAACACUUAUUAACUAGUUUAAUUAAACGUGAAACAUUUUCUUCUCUUCUUUCCUUCCCUUUACUCUGUAUUGGCCUGGAAAGAUAACACCAUCAUCUGUAUCUCCUAGGCCAUUGCAAAGGGGGGUAACCCUGCAGACUGCUGGAUUUGUCAUCAAAAGCUCUGACCUGUCCAUGAUGGUAGAAGGAGUGCUACCUUAGCAGGAGUGGUUUGUGCCCCGACAGGACUAAUCUUUGUCUGGGGUGGUUAUCAUCCUCCUUGGGCCUGUGGAUGCCCAGAUAGCUGGCAGAUAGCUGGGCAGUGCCCCUAGCUGUUCAUGAACAGACACCUCACUGGUUGACACCCCUGAAUUUACAUUGUCAAGUUAGAAAGGACCUACUUGGAGGCUUUCAUCAUUCAUGAUUUGCUUCCUUUGGAGGUCCCUGUUUCCCCCAGUUAGGAGCGAACACGAGUGAGGCUAUGAUCAGGAAACUGUCCUUAACUCUGGAAAGUAUUGGCAGAAUCUGUGCCAUAGCAAUAGCUGCCAACAAAGAUCCUUAGACUCGCUGGCCAAAGUUGUUCUUGCUAAUAGAAUAGGCUUUAAUUAUCUUUUAGCUGAGGAGUGAGGUAUCUGUGCUGUGGUCAACACCACAGGCUGUACCCGGAUUAGUGCUUCUGGGGAAGUUGAAACUCAGCUAAGUAAGAUCACUGAGCAAACCACUUGGCUUAAAAAGGUGGCUCCUUCUAUGGGAUCUUUUUUUGACUUAUUUGAUUUUGAUUGGUUUGUGUUUUGGGGACCAUGGCUCUGAAGUGCACUCCAGACAUUGGGAAUUACCCUGCUUACAAGAAUCAUAGUAGUCUCCUUGGCAUGCUGUAUUCUCUCCAAAGCUUUAAAUGCAUGUUUGCAGCCACUGACCACCAAGCAAAUGAUCUCCCUAAGACUGGACUGUCAAAGAAGGACCAAAGAGAAUGACCAACUAAAAAACUGUGAACCUGAAGUCAUGAUCUGUGAACACCAGAGAGACUCAGCAAAAAACAUCAUGAACUGUGACUGUCACAAAGAGGAUAAGUUAAAGCUGUGAGAACUUCAGCACGGUAGCUGAGAGUGGCACAAUGCCUUAUAUUUUGAUCCCAUCUGUUAGUUAAGCUUAGAGUCUGAUCAAAAGGAGAAAUUGUGAAAAAAGACAUAAUAGACUCAAAAUAGAGUCACUUGUGCUAAGCCCCAUGUCAGCAAACCAAGACUUAACACCUGACCUCAUUGCAAUUUCAGUCUCUCCCAGGAAUGUGACUUUUAACCGAGUCAAUCUGGAAUUACCUGGUCAGCACUAGUGAGGUAAAUCUACUUGAUAGACCCCCAAUCUUCCCCCAAAGGAAGGUGGCUUUGCCAGAAACAUUCACUCUUUGCAGGAAAUUUUCUUUUUUUCUGCCCUUUUGUGCCUAUGAAAGUCUUCUGUUUUGUACAGCUCCUUGGAGCUCCUUUCUGCUUGCUAGAUGGGAUGCUGCCCAUUUCAUGAAUCAUUGAGUAAAGCCAAUUAGAUCUUUCAAUCUACUCAGAUGAAUUUUGUUUUUUUAACAAGAGACAGACUCAGAAUCAUAGUGAAUCAGUAGCAGUGCCCAAGUUUCCUGCCUCCUAGCUCCAGCUCCCUUGGCUACUUGAAGCCAAAGAAGCAAAAAUCCUCUCCCUGACUGGAGUAGGAAGAUGAUGCAGGCUGAGGACAGGCUCCUGUCUCCAUCUCAGUUCUCUUCCAUCGGGGGAGCACCGUAUUGGGCAGUGGCAACUGACAGCAUCUGUUUUCUUGGUAAUUCGGUUGAGGUGAUCCUGAGAACAAGCACAUGGAAGAAAGCUAGGUAAGGAAGAAAAGAUAGAGCUGGGGACAGUGGUGAGACUGGUGGAGAAUUCGGGAUGGGGCAGAGAGGGAGGUACUCUCCUUACGCUGGGUCAUGGGCCCUUGCCUCUGCCCUGCCUUGACCUGCUAUGCAUGCUGGCUGACUAAUAAAAGCCAGCAGCUGGGCUGGCCAGGGGACCAGAUACAGGCAUGCUGUGUCCAGAACUGCCCCUACAGGCUUGCUUCCUUGCAUUCCUUUCACCUCUGCUCCUCAGUCUCUCUUAAAAUGGUUCAGAAUUCAAACAUGAGAAGGCUUUCCCAUGCAUACAAAGGCAAAUAUGUGAAUGUGUGUGUGCGCAUGUGCAUGCUGCACAUACAUGUGUAUUUUUCCCUAAUGCCAUCUUCAGUCCUAUCAUUCCCCACCUCCCAUGACUGAACUAGAUGCUUUCCAAGCCCUGGGUCUACCUCCAGUAGACCUCUUCCAGGGUAAAAAGGAUGGGGGCUUUUUAAUCUUUGGGAGAUUCCUCCUCUCGGAGGUCCUGUUAUUCUCCAGUCCUGUAAGAAUCCUGACCUACCAGCCACCAUGUGCCCCAUCCCAACCUUGACUCCAGCAGAGACUUCCACAGCUGAGGUUAUGAUCGAGGGAGACUUUGUCCUGUGUUCCCCUGUUAUCACUAAGAUUACCUAUUAUAAAUGAAGUUCCCUGCAGCCGCUUGCUUGUGCCUUCUCUUGGUCAUGUGUUAAUGGUUUCUUCCUCAAUUAGAGUAGAGCUCAAAAUGCACUCUUGGCUCUUCUGUAAUUGCUGUGUGCUCUUAGAUUGUCUUCGGUACUGAGGAGGAAAGGCAUUUAUGCCCUUGGUGGGUCUCUUGGCCUUCUUGAUACCCUACCACGUGCCAGAGACCCCUAGGAGAAAGAUAAGAUCAGCAUCAUCAAGAGGCCAGAUUGGGCUGCUGACUGAGUUAGUAUGCAAGCUGGGUCCCUGCUACUCUCCUUACUUACCCCAUUGUCUGUUGUGGGCUGGUCCCUAGAAGGGAAUUCUGUAUCCCUCUGAGUGUUGGAACUACUCUCAGAAUUUGGGGUCUAGUCCAGAGUGGACUAGUUCUUCAUCAUAUUCUGUCCUUCCCAGGCUACAGCCAGGGAGUUGAAGUGUGACAGGUCAGGCCAGGCAAGGCUGGAUUAAAUAUUAACACAGCUGUCAUUGCUGCUCAGAGGGGCCAGUGCCCCCAAGCCAAGCUGCAGAGCUGUUUGGUGGCCCCAGGCUGACCGGUAGACAUGGCUCGGUUUGCCCAGGUCCUGGCUGAAAUAGGUGACUUUGGACGCUUCCAGGUACAACUGCUGAUACUGCUGAGUAUCCCCAACUUCCUGUGUGCUUACUACAUGUUUGCCCAGGUCUUCAUGAUCCAGGAUGAGGCCCACCACUGCUCAGUGGCCUGGGUCAAGAACCACACUUUGAACCUGAGUGCUGCCGAGCAGCUGACACUGAGCGUGCCUCUGGAUGCUGCAGGCAAGCCUGAGUCCUGCCUCAUGUUCCAGCCACCCCCGGACGGUGCCAGCCUGGAGGACAUCCUCAGCCACCGCUUCAAUGGGACGCAGCCUUGCGAGGCAGGCUGGGAGUAUCCUGAGGACAGGCCCCUGUCCCUAAAGAACGAGUUCAACCUAGUGUGUGAUCAGAGGCACCUGAAGGAGACCUCACAGUCGGUGUACAUGGCCGGGCUCCUCGCUGGGUCUCUCAUCUUUGGGCCUCUCUGUGACUGGAUCGGCCGCAAGGCCACUAUCCUGGUGCAGCUACUCCUCCUCGCCCUCAUCGGCCUGACCACGGCCUUUGUGCCCAGCUUCGCGCUCUACAUGGUCCUGCGUUUUGCCGUGGCUACUGCUGUCGCUGGGUACACCUUCAGUAAUGUGACCCUGCGUGAGUAUCUGGGUCCUGAAGCCUUGAGCCAUGACGUGAGGCCUUGGGGUCUGAGUGGGCCACGCGCCCAGACUGCCUGUGGGAGCCUUGUCAGGCACCCAUACCACAAGUGGUCACACACAAGGGGGACUGAGGCCCACGUGGACAGAGGGGCAUCCAGGGAGUGCCAGGGAGGGAGAGGGCAGGGGCUGGCCCACCCUCAACCUCUCUGCACAGUUACAGAGUGGGUGGGGCCCUCGAGGCGGACUCAGGCCGUGGUCCUGGCCCAGUGCGCCUUCUCCAUGGGGCAAAUGGCGCUAGCAGGACUCGCCUAUGGCAUCCGGAACUGGAGGCUUUUCCAAAUAGCUGGCACGGCACCGGUCUUGCUGCUCUUCUUCUACUUCUGGGCUCUGCCAGAGUCAGCUCGGUGGCUUCUGACCCGGGGGAGGGUAGAGGAGGCUAAACAAGUGAUCCAGAAGGCAGCCUCGGUCAACAAGCGGAGAGUCUCCGCAGAGCUCCUGAGCCAGCUCGUCCCAGAGAAGACAGGCCCCUCAGGGAAUGCCCUGGAUCUGUUCAGGCACCCCCAGCUCCAGAAGAUGACCCUGAUCCUCUUCUGUGUCUGGUUUGUGGACAGCCUGGGCUACUUUGGCCUGAGCCUCCAAGUCGGUGACUUUGGCCUGGACAUCCACCUGACGCAGCUAGUCUUCGGAGCAGUUGAGGUGCCUGCCCGCUACUCCAGCAUCUUCAUGAUGCAAUGGUUGGGCCGCAAGUGGAGCCAGAUGUUGACUCUGGUUCUGGGUGGCCUCAUGUGUAUUGCCAUCAUCUUUGUCCCAGCAGGUACCAGGGCUGGCUCUCCCACACCCGUGUCUCCCCCCCCCGCCUGCCCCAGCUACCAGAAGCCCAUCGCCUCCCUUCCAGGAGCGAGGGCUCCCCUGGGGUCUGGGAGCAGAUGGGCGUCUGGGAGGGCAGGGCAGGGGCGGGGCCCAGGGUGUGGGCUGUCUCCCGGCACGUGGCUGACCAGCAUCCUCCACCAGAUCUGCCAGUGGUGGUCACUGUGCUGGCUGUGGUGGGCAAGUUUGCCACGGCCGCCAGCUUCACCAUCUCGUACGUGUACAGUGCCGAGCUCUUCCCCACCGUCAUCCGGCCUCCAGAGUCAGCACCUUCAGGAAAGGAGACAGAGGCCUCAGGAAGAACUUCCAGCCCAGGGGUGACUUUUGUGAGCAGUACGUACUUCUGAUUGUGUCUCUUGAGCCCGAGUGGCAGCAGGAGCUGCCUGAACACCCCCUGGAAAAGGCUGGGCCUGCCCAGGAGCCCCGCCUCGCAGAUGGGGGCAGCGCACCCUGGCCUGGCCCCCGUGCCGGCCGCUGGCUGCCUCGUCCUGAAGCACCCCGGUGGGCCUCCCUCUUCUCAUUGCUUCUCAUCAGCUUUCUCACCCCAGCACCCUCCCAGACCCCGAGCUGGGGUAGGUUCUGAGGUGUAUCUUGGGCUUCACUUGUUCUCUGUCAGUCUUGUGGGAGUAUGGCUCCUCUGGUCCCCUCAAUCUGGGAUCCCCCAGCCCUCGAAACAGUUAAGCUCAGAACAGAGCAGAUGCUUAUGGCCUUUCCAAGGAUGUGGCAGUAGGAGGAGAGAAGGUUUGAAGCUGUGACCUCUCUCCAGGCCAGUGGGAGAAAAGGCUGUGGAUGAGGAGAAGGCUGUAUUUCCUUCUAGUGGCUGAGCCAGGCCCCGCUAGCUCAGGCGGGGCUGAUGAGAAAAUAAAAGGCAAGCGGAGGGCAAAAACCAAACUGACCCUCUUACAUCUCCCCUCCCCCCGAGAUGUGAGGGGGAUACAUGUGACAUUUCUCAGGCACUCCUGACUGCCCAAGAACGAAGGAAGGAAAAAGCAAAUGGUCACCUGAUAAAGAUCACAGUUUUUACAAGAAAAGCACAAUCUUGAGAGUAGUCAGACCUCCAGAAACCUAUAGCCUCAAUUUCCUGGAGCCCUAACAUCACCUCCCACCUCCAUAGGAUAAAAAAAACCCUAUAUAAUCAGUCACUCCUCACACGUAGAAUGCAUCCUUUUCUGCCCAAGGGGUCCUGUCACGGUGCUUUAAUAAAAAUCACCUUUUUGGGGCGCCUGGGUGGCUCAGUUGGUUAAGCGACUGCCUUCGGCUCAGGUCAUGAUCCUGGAGUCCCUGGAUCGAGUCCCGCAUCGGGCUCCCUGCUCGGCAGGGAGUCUGCUUCUCCCUCUCCCACUCCCCGUUUGUGUUCCCUCUCUCGCUGUGUCUUUCUCUGUCAAAUAAAUAAAUAAAAUCU